UGGCUGUUAAAUGAAAAGCCUGGGGCCUUUAUCCCAGAAGAAGAGCUGAAGAUUCGGAGUGAGGUCGAGAUGGAUAUAGAGAGAGACUUAGAGGAAGAAAUCAAAGAUGGAAUCUGCCAUCUUGCUCUCAGAUUGCACAGGCUUUAUCAACACCAAAAGGAAAGAAGAUCAAGUUAUGCUGCUGCUCUUGCUGCUAGAGAUGAAAGAAAGAUGGAGAAAGCAUUUUGUGAGGUGAAUAUAAACAUCAAAAUGGAAGGAGGAACCAAGAUUGAAAUAAAAGAGACCAAGAAACCAGCACCUCCUGAUCAAAAGGGUAGUGGUCCUAAUUGGUCUGGUUCAAGAUCAGAAAAUUAUGUGCAACCAUUUGUGAAGAUGGCUAGAAAUUCCAAGAAGUUUGAUUGGGCCAAAACUCUGAGGUCAAAUGUUGGCCCUGUAGCCUUCACAAAGAAACAAUGGAAGCCCACAUGAACUUGUGAAGGGUCUUGACAAAGAAAGCAUAUAGGCACUGAACUGAUAACAGCUUCUCUCAACUGGGAUGGAAAGUUAGAGAUUGUUUUGGUUUGUUAAGGGUCUUGAGGUUUCUUUGACAUGACAAUAAUUUCAGUGCUGUUGGGAAGUGCUGAUGAGAUAUGUGAUUUUUUUAUAAGACAUAUAAAUAAGUUGUGGAAUGUUUUGGAGAUAUGAAAACAUUAGUUGUGUUGUAGUGUUUCUAAGGGCCUGUUACUUGUUAUGUAAACUCAAUUUCCAAAACAAAAACAAACAAAAAAAGGAAAAGAAAAUUUGUAAUGUAAACUACUUUGCUUUUGUUUUUAAUUGAAGAUAGAGAAGCAAUGAGAGGAGUAAAUGGAUGUUCGUAAUUCUAGUGGUCAAGAGUAUUCAUUCAU